AACAGUAGUUGAGCGGGAAUUUUACCCGACGCUUGUAACAGGACCUGCCUUGGGGGUGGGGGGGUCUCCUGUAAAAAAACUUGAUUGGGUUUCCUAGCAACCUUCAGAGUGACUUGCCCAGUGUCCCAGCCAUAUCCUCAGUGCCUAGAAAACUGCAGACACACCUGGGGAUAGGUGUAGUUUUGAUGCCUGGAGUGGUUGUCAGUGUUGGCAGGUUCUGGGGAGGGAGAAGGCUUUGCCCACAGAAACAUCCAGGAAGAGCACCACAGCUCUGUCUGUGGUCAGACCUAGAGCUGAGUGCUGGGAAAGACCCACCCUGGGAAGCUGGAGAGGCUAGAAAUACUUCGAGCCUCCUGGUUUGAGACAACUGGGACUCAGAGGAGCUGGCAGCCCUCAUCCUGUCCUCCAGCCCUGCCCAUCUCGGCCCCAUGCCCCCGCCAGUCAGCUCCGGGCUCCGGGCAGUGAGCAGGCACGUGGGAGCCAAGGCCCUGUGACCAGGCCAGGGAGACGGGAGCUCCGGGGUCCCCGCCAUCUGCCCCCCCAUGGAGCUGAGGCCCUGGUUGCUAUGGGUGUUAGCAGCAGCAGGAGCCUUGGUCCUGCUGGCAGCUGAUGCCUGUGGUGAAAAGGUCUUUACCAACACGUGGGCUGUGCACGUCCCUGGAGGCCCAGCUGUGGCUGACAAUGUGGCACAAAAGCAUGGGUUCCACAACCUGGGUCAGAUCUUCGGCGACUAUUACCACUUCUGGCAUCGAGCAGUGACAAAGCGGUCCCUGUCGCCUCACCGCCUUCGACACAGCCGGCUGCAGAGGGAGCCCCAAGUAAAGUGGCUGGAGCAGCAGGUGGCAAAGCGACGAACCAAGCGGGACGUGUACCAGGAGCCCUCAGAUCCCAAGUUCCCCCAGCAGUGGUACCUGUCUGGCAUCACUCAGCGAGACCUGAAUGUGAAGGAAGCCUGGGCCCAGGGCUUCACAGGGCACGGCAUUGUGGUCUCCAUCCUGGACGACGGCAUUGAGAAGAACCACCCUGACUUGGCAGGCAAUUAUGAUCCUGGGGCAAGUUUUGAUGUCAACGACCAGGACCCUGACCCACAGCCUCGGUAUACACAGAUGAAUGACAAUAGGCAUGGCACACGGUGUGCAGGUGAAGUGGCUGCGGUGGCCAACAAUGGUGUCUGUGGCGUGGGUGUGGCCUACAAUGCCCGCAUUGGAGGGGUGCGCAUGUUGGAUGGCGAGGUGACUGAUGCAGUGGAAGCACGUUCGCUGGGCCUGAAUCCCAACCACAUCCACAUCUACAGUGCCAGCUGGGGCCCUGAGGAUGAUGGCAAGACUGUGGAUGGGCCAGCCCGCCUUGCUGAGGAGGCGUUCUUUCGGGGAGUUAGCCAGGGUCGUGGAGGGCUAGGCUCCAUCUUUGUCUGGGCUUCCGGGAAUGGGGGCCGGGAACAUGACAGUUGCAACUGUGACGGCUACACAAACAGCAUCUACACGUUGUCCAUCAGCAGUGCCACACAGUUCGGCAACGUGCCCUGGUACAGUGAGGCCUGCUCAUCCACACUGGCCACCACCUACAGCAGUGGCAACCAGAAUGAGAAGCAGAUUGUGACCACUGACUUGAGGCAGAAGUGCACAGAGUCUCACACAGGCACCUCAGCUUCUGCCCCCUUGGCAGCUGGCAUCAUUGCUCUCACCUUGGAGGCCAAUAAGAACCUUACCUGGCGGGACAUGCAGCACUUGGUGGUACAGACCUCAAAGCCAGCCCACCUCAAUGCCAAUGACUGGGCCACUAAUGGUGUGGGCCGAAAAGUGAGCCAUUCGUAUGGUUAUGGGCUGUUGGAUGCAGGUGCCAUGGUGGCCCUGGCUCAGAACUGGACAACAGUGGCCCCUCAGCGGAAGUGCAUCAUCGAAAUCCUCACGGAGCCCAAGGACAUUGGCAAACGGCUAGAGGUGCGCAAGACUGUGACCGCAUGCCUAGGCGAGCCCAACCAUGUCACCCGGCUGGAGCAUGCUCAAGCACGACUCACCCUGUCCUACAACCGCCGUGGUGACCUGGCUAUCCACCUCGUCAGUCCCAUGGGCACCCGCUCCACCCUGUUGGCUGCCAGGCCACAUGACUACUCUGCAGAUGGGUUCAAUGACUGGGCUUUCAUGACAACCCAUUCCUGGGAUGAAGAUCCCUCUGGCGAGUGGGUCCUAGAGAUUGAAAACACCAGCGAAGCCAACAACUAUGGGACGCUGACCAAAUUCACUCUUGUACUCUAUGGUACAGCCUCUGAGGGGCUCUCCACACCUCCUGAGAGCAGCGGCUGCAAGACCCUCACAUCUAGCCAGGCCUGCGUGGUGUGCGAGGAAGGCUUCUCCCUGCAUCAGAAAAGCUGUGUCCAGCACUGCCCACCAGGCUUCACACCCCAGGUCCUCGAUACACACUACAGCACUGAGAAUGAUGUGGAGACCAUCCGUGCCAGUGUCUGCGCCCCCUGUCACACCUCGUGUGCCACCUGCAAGGGUCCAGCCUCCACAGACUGCCUCAGCUGCCCCAGCCAUGCCUCCUUGGACCCUGUGGAGCAAACAUGCUCCAGACAAAGCCAGAGCAGUCGAGAGUCCCCACCUCAGCAGCAGCCGCCUGCACUGCCUCCAGAGGUGGAAGUGGAGCCCCGGCUGCAGGCUGGGCUGCUGCCCUCACACCUGCCAGAAGUGGUGGCCGGCCUCAGCUGCGCUUUCAUUGUGCUGGUCUUCGUCACUGUCUUCCUAGUCCUGCAGCUGCGCUCCGGCUUCAGCUUCCGGGGAGUGAAAGUGUACACCAUGGACCGUGGCCUCAUUUCCUACAAGGGGCUGCCUCCCGAAGCCUGGCAGGAGGAGUGCCUAUCUGACUCAGAAGAGGAUGAGGGCCGGGGCGAGAGGACUGCCUUUAUCAAAGACCAGAGUGCCCUUUGACUAGCCCACUGCCCGCCCCUCAAGCUGAUCCCCUCCUUGGGCACUUUUUAAUUCACCAAAGUAUUUUUUUAUCUUGGGACUGGGUUUGGACCCUAGCUGGGAGGCAAGAGGGCAGAGACUGCUUCCUACCCUACCCUUGGGCCUACCUGUUUGCCUGAGGUGGGGACCCAGGAUCAGCUGGGGAGGAGGAGAGCCUCACUCCCAGAGUUCCUUCAUGUGGAGAAGGGAAUGAAACCUUAGGGCAGCUUUGCAAAGCCCAGGCCCCAGCUGGAGUUCCUGCGGAGUGAAGAGGGGCAAGCCUUUCUCAGAGUUCUUGACCCAGGCUGCAGCCUUGCCCCUUCCUUGCCCCUCAAAAAGCAAUAAUGGUCCCCAUCCAGGCAGCAGGGAGGCUGGCUAAGAGGUACUGAGGGAAGAAGCCACCUCUCCAAGGGCUUUUGCAUUCCUGACCCAGUCCCAUACCCAGAUAAGCCUCAACAGAAGCUGCAGUCAUAGGAAGGGACCAAGGCAAGGCAGGCACUUCCCAGUGUGCUUAUGUGUGUAUGCCCCCAGCCUGCCUCUGCACUUGAGGCCUCAGCUGGUGGCCAGGCUGAGCUAGGCUGGCACAGGCCAGAUUAAAGCUCUGGGGGAUGAGGGAGGUUUAUGCUGGUGUCCUGACUGUCCUCUCUAUGGCACCCUCCCCUCCUGCCAGGGCCUAGGGCCCUGUUUUCUGAGCCCGGGGCUGCCUGGGCUGUUGGCACUCACAGUCCCAGAGCCCCUGGGUGGGUGGUGGGAAGGGACGGUGGCCCAGCCGGCUUCUCCCGCCUCCCACCCGAUGCUGCUUUCCCCUGUGGGGAUCUCAGGAGCUGUUUGAGGAUAUAUUUUCACUUUGUGAUUAUUUCACUUUAGAUGAUUUUUUUUUUUUGUAUUUUUAAUGGGGGUAGCAGCUGGACCAUCCACCUCCUUAUACCCAUGCCCACCCUGCUUUUCCCCUGGCUGCCCAGCCCUGAGGUGUAGGGGGCUGCAGCAUGUUACUGAGAAGUAGGGAAUAACUGAGCCCCAAGUCCUAAAGAGGCAGGCCAGCCAGAUGGGCUCUAGGAAAGGGGGUCACGGUGGGAGGGGUAGGCUGACAUCUGUGUUUCAAAUGGGGCUUGUGCCAAGGGCUUAUAGGUCACUGGUUCUCCAAGUGCCAGGAGUGGGCAGGUGGGGGCCCUAGGCCCCUUCUAAACACUGUGCCCUGGUGGAGAAAGCACUGACCUAUGAUGCCCCCCAAACCCCAUCUUCUGAUGUGCCUUCUGCACCCCUCCUAUUAGGACAAUCAGUCCCCUCCCACUUGGGAGCCUCCUUUUCCCUGCCCCUUCCUGGUACCCAGCCACCUGUCCAAGGGUGCCCCCUCCUCUCCUGUGCACUCCCUCGUGGCCAUCCAGGCUGGUUUUGUAAGAUACUGGGUUGGUGCACAGUGAUUUUUUUUUUUUUUUUCCUUGUAAUUUAAACAGGCCCAGCAUUGUUGGUUCUAUUUAAUGGACACGAGAUAAUGUUAGAGGUUUUAAAGUGAUUAAACGUGCAGACUAUGCAAACCAAACCUGG